UUCCUCGCCAACCGGACAGCCAGGCACUGAAAAUAGCGACACAUUUGCUGUCUUAUUCGUCCCAAGAUCAUAUAAAUCAGACAAGCGCCCACCGAUUUUCGAUCACAAAUGUCCCAAAAUACGAAGUGUUGUUUCUGAAACGACGCACUAACUGAACACAGGAUAAGGAUCGGCCUCGACCAUGGCCCCUCGCAUCAACUUCAUAGGGCUCGUCUCCCAAUGCUCCUGGAUGUUCGCUCUGCUUUUCUUCCUCCACAUUUUCCCCCAGCUAGGACAUGGACAGGAACAUGACGCGCGCGGACUUGCACCAAGAGCUACAGUUCUGGACUGUUUGACCGGGAAGAAGCUCACAGUGAUCAAGCCGGCCGACUCGCAGUAUGCCAGUUACUCUUCACCGUACAACCUCCGCCUGCAAUACAAGCCGGCCGCGAUAGUCGUGGCCUCCAGCAACCAGCAUGUCUCCGACGCUGUACUCUGCGCGUCUCAGUACAAACUCAAGGUGCAGCCUCGCUCUGGCGGCCACUCGUACGGCUCCUACGGCACGGGCGGCAAGGAUGGCGCCGUGGUCAUCGACCUCCAGAAGUUCCAGACCGUCAGCCUCGACAAGACCACCAACAUUGCGACAUUUGGUGCGGGCCUCAGGCUCGGGAACCUGGAGCUGGCGCUGCGCUCGACUGGACGGGCACUACCUCAUGGGACCUGUGCUAAUGUCGGCGCCGGCGGCCACUUCACCAUUGGCGGAGAUGGGUUCACCACGAGGGCAUACGGGUUGGCUAUUGACUCGCUUGUGGGAAUGGACGUUAUUCUAGCAAACGGCUCAGUGGUACAUGCCACGUCAACAGAGUACAAGGACGUGUUUUUUGCCAUGAAAGGCGCCGGUGCCUCCUUUGGGAUCGCAACAACCUUCUUCGCGCAGACCUUCGCCUACCCAACGGUCCUGACCGGCAUAUACCUCACCUGGCCGGGCUUGAGCGCCAACACCGAAAAGAGCGUCUCAGCCCUGAAGCACAUCCAGAACUAUGCCAAUAACGCGACCUCAGGAUUGGACCGCAAGUUCCAAUUCGACGUCACGCUAGACGCCUUCGGAACCUUCAACCUGAAAGGCAUCUACCUCGGCCCCGUGGCAACCUUCAACAAAACAGUGCUUCCGGAGCUGAUGCGCGGGCUGCCGACCCCCGGCGCAGGCGACGGCGACAGCCCGACCUACGUGAAGCAGUACGCAUGGACAGACGCCCUGACUGACGCCAACUAUGGCAGCGACAUAGCUUACCCUAAGCCCGGCGAGAGCGGCUACGUGCCCGCGCCGGACCAUGAUACCUUCUACACCAAGAGCCUGACGGUGCCGGCGCCAGGCCUGCCCGAGAAGGCGAUACGGAACCUGGUCACGUGGUCCCAGGCGCAUCAACAAGGGAAGAACCCGGCAGUGCCGUGGUACUUCACCCUCAGCCUACAGGGCGGCGUUGACAACCAGAUCUUCCUGGACAGCAAGAGCGCGGACUCGGCGUUCUGGCGCCGCGACACCACGUGGGUCAUGGAGCACUCUGGGUUUACGAAUGGGCCUGACGAGAAGUUCCCUGUGCCGGCGGGCAUAGACCUCGUCAAUGACUUGGACAGGCAGGUGACGGGUGUUCUUGGUGCUGGGAACUACGGGGCGUAUCAGGGGUAUGUGGAUACUGAGCUGAGCGCUGACCAGGCGGGGAGGCUGUAUUAUGGCAAUGUGCUGUUUGAGAAGCUCAAGGGUUUGAAGAAAAACAUCGACCCAGGGAAUUUGUUCUCCAACCCACAAUCCAUCCCAGUGGGAACUUAGGAGGUUGGUUCAGCCUACGCCGCCCACCAAGAUCGAACACCAUUCAUCAAUUUAGUAGGGACAUGACACCUCAUGGUAGAGACACGCGGGUAGAUACAUCUCAAGUGGAACAGCAAUUCAAAAGACUUGAAGCCA